GUCUCUCUGUCUCUCUCUCAUGGAAGAACAGUUGCUGCCGCCGUCGAAGUGGGAAGGGGAAGUCUCCGCCGAGACAACCGCCGGGAAGCCUCACGAGAUCUGGCCGUUGCUGGCGGAUGACUUCUGCAGUCUCCACAAAUGGCUUCCAAUAGACACGUGUCACUACGUGGAAGGUGUAGAGGGGCAGCCGGGUCUGAUCCGGUACUGCGCCACCACCGACACGACGUCGUCAUCAGAACCAUCGAUUAAGUGGGCCCACGAGAGGCUGAAAUUGAUUGAUCCGACCCAACAUAUUCUCACCUACGAGAUCCUGGACAACAACGUCGGAUUCAAGUCGUACGUGGCCACCAUGAAGCUGCUGCCUGGCGGCGGAGACGACGGCGGCGGGUGCAAGAUGGUGUGGUCGUUUGAGGCGGAUCCGAUUGAAGGGUGGCCGCUGGAGGAAUUCGUGAAGUAUCUUGAAUUUUCUCUGCACCAAAUGGUGAACAAAAUGGCAGAGUAUUUGCAGAAAAGUCCCUGAACUUUCUUCAAAUUAUUAAAUGAACUUAUGCUCUUUGAUUUCUCAGUUGGAGGUCUCAAAUUAAAU